CACAAUUAAUUUGUUUACUUUUUCAAUUUUCCCCCAUUUUUAUUUAAUCUACAUUUAUUAGAAUAUAGCAAAGAGAACUUUUUUGUGUAUUAUUAUAUUUUUUGAUCAAAAGCAAAUAUUAUUUUUGGAAUUAUGGAUUUAUUCUGUAUGGUUAAAGUUUUGUUUCACUUGUGAUAUUCAGUCAUUCCUGUCAAACGUGGAUCUGUUUAGAUGAGGAUAAACUCACCUCUUUGAGAUGAUUCCACUUUCAAAGAUAAGCUCCUCCUCUGGCAACACACAGGAGGGAAGUGAACAGUUGUGUUCAGUCAGAAUGCAUGGUUUUCUUGCACUCUUUUGUAAAUCUAUCAGUUUUGGCUUUGCAGCUUUCGGUCAUCAUGAGGACACUACCUGCUGGGAAGUCGCUUCUUAAAGGUAAUAUUCAUUUCUUUACAUACUGUGCUCCUGUUGUCUUAAAACAAGCCGUCCUGAACUGUUUACAAAUUAAAUAUUUUUCCAAAUUUCCACAUUUUCCAAAUUUUAUGUUUGUUCUAAUCUGUCAACACCAUUACAGAAGUUUUAUCCUCAACAAUCACAUUAAAAUAUGGACGUUACAAGCAAGAACCCUUAAUAGUGAGGACAGAUUCUUGAAAUCAUUACAGUUUGAAAACAUUCAGUUGGUCAAAAUGAACUCAAAACAGAACAGUAUUUGUUACCUGAAUAAAGCAAAUCAAGCUAUGUUAAGGUUUUAGUCAUUUUUGAGGUUCUCAUCCAUGGAGCUUGUAGGUUCAUGGGUAAUUUCUGCCUGUGUUUCCAUGUGUGCUGCCACAGAUCAUCCUUUCUAUGAUGCUCCACAGGUUCUCAGUAGACUUGAGGUCAGGGCAGGACGCUGUUGAUGUUUUUAUCUUCUCCAUCCGAGGAGCCGGUACAUUUCUGUGCAGCGUAGCAUGUUGUGUUCUCCUGCUGAAGCCACAAUUUGUACUGUGUCUCACAAUUUUCAGUGAAGAACUCUUCGUAUCGCCCUAAUUUUGAGAUUUUUAGUGUCCUAGGGAUGGUGUUUUUUUGUUGGAACUGUGACCAUUCACCAACCAUUUAGACCUCCAUCCGGUACAGCGCAGCCUUCUCUGGUCAAUAAACCAGUUUAGAAGUUAUUUCUUUGCCUGUUUCUGCUCCAUCUGCAAACCUUUUUGUUUGUGAGCUUUGGUUAGGGGGUCUAAAGUGCCUGCACAACGACUAGGCUCCGGUGGAUCCUGCAGUAAGAAGUUAAUGGGACUCUAGCAGCUUUUUUAUUAUCUGUUUCUUUUUAAAUAUCUGUCCUAAUGCUGUUCAUUUGUCUGAUGGAAACUUUCUUUCAGUUUCAUAACAUAUGAGUGGCUUUAAUGCAUCUUUCAACACAUGGCACUGUUCUGUACUUCAGAUUUUUUUUGUUUUUUCCUUCCCACACUGAAUGAGAACUGUUUCUUUUUAUUGGUUGACCAGCCAAACUCAUAACAAAAACUUGUCUGAGAUUGAUACCAGUUCUUUAGAAAGAUAAGAGAAAUACAACUAUGAAAAAAUUUCAUGGAAAAACAAAAUGCUUAUUUCACUGAAAUGUCUACUUCUUGUUUGUAACCUAACAUGUCUGUCAUCAUCCUGUUGGUUUUAGGAUGUGACUCCAUCCGUCAGUGUGGACAUUUAGGAAGCAAUGAACUCAUCAUUUUUCAUUCCACGUUCUGAAUGUUUGCUUUGUUGCGUCAAAGUGAAGGCGUUCCCCUCGCGUCCCAGUUUUACUGGUUCUUCCACUCUGAGAUGAACUAAUUGGUUGACACAAACAAUCUCAUGGAGUCUUUCGUUCUUACUACAAAUAUCUUCCCUGAUGUUUGGUGAUGCUGUUGUAGACUGCUGUUCCUCCAUGUUGUUUUGUGAUACCCAGGUCUCAUUAAUUCCUGACACACUUGUACAAACACCAAAACACAAACUGGAUGUAACUAUUUGUUUUGUUGUCGGUGUGUAUUCAGGUGAUUGUUCCCCAGCAGGUACGCAGCACAGCUCAGUUUGUCCCGGUAGUCCUACGAUAUGAUUAUUCGACUUCUGCACACCUCCACGAUGUUAUUGUCACCUGGAGCUACAAAUCCUUCUGCAAGGAGACGGAGAACAGCUCAGUGUCAAACCAGCCUGCACCAGACUUCAGACAGGACACAGUAAAAGACUGUGCCGAUGAUGAGCGUAAAGCACAGCACUCCAAACUGCUCCCAAAUGAGCCCCUGAUGCUGCUCUGAAGAAAAACAAAGCGGACCCGAACGCCUUAAAGUCACAACAUCUUGAGCACAGAAGUGAAUCACACAGGGCAUUAAAUACUAAAUCUCUGUGUGUUUGUACAGAGGCAGACCUGCUGAUCGCUGAUGUGAUGUGGACAGACGCUGGGACGGAUUUCUGCUCCGUUCAUGCUGCUGGAGACGCCACUGGAGACAAAAGCAAAGAAGCCAGACUUGUUCUCGGCCAAAAGAAAGUAAACCAGGACCAUCCUGGCCAGCAGGAGACUGCUGCUGAGUUCUAGUUUGCUCUCAUUCAUUUUAGUUUGACAAGUUACCUGCAUUGAAUAAGCUCAGUGAGUGAAUAGAAGGAAGUGGAGGAGGAUGGGUGUUACCUGAGGAGUCUAGGAGAGAGAGAACAACACACACCCAUAAGAAACAUGCAGAACGCUACAGCAGGGAGCAGGAGGUUGAUAAAUACAGAAAUAUUGCACUCAGGUUCAGUAUUUUGUCUACGCAGUGCAUUUUAUGAUGGAAUAUUUUGGAAGUAAACCAUAUAAUUCUACAAGUUUUCAUAAGGAAAACUGAAAUAAAACCUUAACCUCAUAUGAAGUGAUAUCAACAUGAAAAUGAAAGACACACCAAUUCCUAACGGUUUUUUAAAAAACUGCAAAAAAAAGGGAAAAAGGGGGACGCUGCACUGAUGAGGGAGCUGGUGUCAAAUCUGCACUAACACACAUUUGCACUCUUUUGAUAGGAUGCCUUUUAAUUUUAAUGUGUGAAAACUAAUCAGCUAAAUUAAUGACACGUCAGUUUUUGUAUUUCCCAGUAAAUUAAAAUCUGAUCAAAAUUUGUAUAUUUAUUUUUUUUAAGAUUUAGUAGCAACUUGGCCUUAAAAUAUUUUUGUACUUCAGUAUAAUGUUUUGCCACUAAUCUGCCUAUUUAUGUUUGUCAUGUGUGAGCUGUGUGAAAUACUCCUAUGAAACAUCUAUCACUAGCAUUUUAAUUUGAUGCUAAUUUGAAGUUUGGAUUUAUUUUAAGCUGUGAAGCUGCCAGAGGUGACAGGUGUUUAAUUAAUUUCACAGUUUCAUGAAUGUAAAAAUGCAGACUUUUUAAAAUGUAUUAGUUUGAAUGCAAAGCAGCAGUGAAGGGACAGAUUUAAAGAAAUCCAUACAGGCAGGUUUUGUGCUAUAAUCACUGCUGUUUCCACAUCCAGGACCACAGUGGAAAUAAGUCCUGGAUUUUAUUGUGUUAAUUUGUGCAACGUCAGCUCAUCUUUUUUAUUAAGUCAUCUCAAUGAAACUUCAGGAGGACACUUCUACAUUUGCAGCAGAGCUUUGGGACAAUCAAUAUAUCCUUUUUAAAACCCACUUGCAUCAUUUUUUUUAGAUAUAUGUGACACAUUUUGGCUCUUUGAAAAUGCAUGAAUGAAGUCUACUGCUCCCAAUGAAAAAAAAAUGUUCACAGUUUGAGUUAAAUGAGGAUUUUACCUUGUAUGAUUCCACUCAAGUGAAAUCCAGAUGACUGGGAAUUUACUGCCACCCACUGACGUGCUGCUGCAUCUUUCGCCCUCGCGGUUAUAAAGAUCUCAAUGAUACGAACCCAUUAGCAAUGAAGAAUAUAAUCCCAAUGAACAAAGCGAGUGUAAAUUUUGCUCCUAAAGCUGUUUUCCUAAAAAAAAAAAAAAAAAAGUCAGACUCCGAAACCAUGGAGGAUCAGUCAGCCAAGACAAACUUAUGGACCAAAAGAAGAAGAAAUAAAAAGUUCUGGUACGCAAAGCUUUUUCUGUUUAUUUUUUUUCUCGAAUCUUUAUUUUUGGUGGGAUAUUGGAUCAUUUUAAAUGUUUUCGAAAAGAAAUGGAGGCAUUUAGUGAGACAAAUCACUAUUUUGGUCGAAAUGUUAUCAACCAAGAACUGUGGAAUAUUUUUUAGGUGACUUUCUGAAUUUUAAAAAACUUUCCUUAUUCCUAGGAUGACAUCAACAGCUGAAACCAAGUUCCUUGUACGUUGUUUCGGGGCGUGGCCUCAGAUGAGUCUGUCUGCGCAUCAGGCAGCAGCUUUUGCUCAUCAUGCGGAGACUAACAGCAGCACUAGUUCUCCUGUCGUCGCUUCUGAAAGUGUCGCUGUGUAUUCAGGUGAUUGUCCCUCAGCAGGAGCGCAGCACGGCUCUGUUCGCCUCAGUGAUCCUCCGCUGCGACUUCUCCACCUCGGCAAACCUCCAAGAUGUUCUCGUCACUUGGAGGUUCAAGUCCUUCUGCAGGGACCCGGUCCUGGAGUACUACUCCACCGCGUACCAGUCUGCACUGCAGUUAGGACAAGACCCAUCGAAUGACUGUCCAGACCGUCAGCGGACAGUUCGAACUGUAGUCCAGAAGAGAGGAAGCAGCGAGCCGAUACUGGGAGCAGAAUACAGAGAGCGCAGGAUCACCAUCCAAAACAAGGCAGACUUGGUGAUCAAUGAGGUGAUGUGGUGGGACAACGGAGUUUACUUCUGCGCUGUUGAUGCUCCUGGAGAUACGACCGGAGAUGCCGACAAAGAAGUCAAACUCAUCGUCUACCAUUGGCUGACGGUGUUGUUCAUCAUCAUCGGUGCCCUCCUCCUCAUCAUGCUCUUCUGUAUCUGCUGCUGCCAGUGCUGCCCUCAGAAAUGCUGCUGCUACGUUCGCUGUCCCUGCUGCCCACAGCAGUGUUGCUGUCCUGAAAAAGCGGUGAUGCAGCAUCGUAUGAUGAAGGAGGCUCAGAGGGCCAUGGCUCCCUGGAUGGGAGGACAGCCGGUGUACGGACCGAUGAGCCACGCCUCCUCCCAGAUAAACCCGCUGCUCUACGCAGGAUCUGUUUCAGGGAAGAGCAUCCCUCUGAAGCCAAUGCCCCUCCCUCCUCCUCAGUCUUCAGCUUACAGCAUGCCCCCUCCCAGUGUCCAUGGUAACCACACCCCUGCCAACACCAAUCAGAUGCUUGAUUACCUGGAGAGCCAGGUGAGGGGGAUGGAUGUGAACAGCCCUCUGCUGCAGUCCCAGCCACCUCCACCCCCUCACAUGCAGCAGAUACCCCCUCCUGUCCAGCAUGUCCCCGUCAACGUCCCAUUCUCCCCCGGCCCUCCCAGCAUGCUCUCUGCCCUCGACGAUGGCCCAGCGGAGCGUCGCGUCAUCACGCUGCCACCAAUAAGGGAGCAGCAGCUGGGCAGAAUUCCACCUCCUGCACCCAAGACUCGUCCACCGAGCUCCAGUGAGAGCAGCCGCAGUGGGUUCGGCCGCCGUGACGAGCGAGGAGGAUCGUCAGGGAGACGUUACCCCUCACCUCCCAGAUCCAGAGGUCUCCCCCACAGCUACAGCGAGGAGUCACUGGACGGCCGGGGUCGCAGCAGGUCAAGAGGAGGCGCUGACCACCCUCGAUCUCGCUCCAGGGAUGACCUGUUCGACAGCAGGUCCAGGGGAAACUACUCAAGGAGAGGAUCCUGGAGCUCGGAUGAUGAGGCCAGCAGCCGGAGAGGAGGAGGAGGAGGAGGAGGAAGGAGAGGAGGUGGAGGCUGGGUGGACAAACCUCCCAGCUACACUGAGUACGAGCCUGGACAGAAACCAGGAGCACGGAGGAAUGAACGCUACUCUGACAGGAGUUCUCGCAGUGGCACCAGCGUCGUCAUCUGAACCCUCCGCCUGCCCUCUGACCUCUGUUUCACAGAACUAGCCUCGUUGUCUGGCUACUGGUAAACCUGCAAAGGCAGCCAUUUUUAAAUAUUAACAUGAAUAAUGCACCAGCUUUUUUUAUUACCUUUUCUUAGGUGAAAAGCUCAUGGAAGGAUUUAGGAAAUGUGAGAUUGGAAGAUUCAGAAAUUUGGAAUAAUUCUCCCAAAGUUUGCAGAAGGAAAGACAAAGGAUUCCUAUAAUAGUUCUGUCUUUCAAAUGUUUUUUUUUUU